AUGGAUGAGAUUCAGAUAUCUCCAUCCGAUCCGCAGGGCAGUCCAGGUAAGGAGCAACAGGCUGCUGGAGUCGGCAUCCUUCUACAGAUCAUGAUGCUCGUUCUAUCAUUUGUCCUUGGCCAUGUUCUACGCCGUCACAGAUUUUAUUAUCUUCCCGAAGCCAGCGCCUCCCUCUUGAUUGGUUUAAUUGUUGGUGGACUCGCUAACAUUUCUAAUACGGAAACAAACAUCAGGGCUUGGUUUAACUUCCAUGAGGAGUUUUUCUUUUUGUUUUUGUUGCCUCCAAUCAUAUUAUAUCCUUAUUCGGAUUCUUUCUCUUACCAAACUCUUUUGUUAUCUGGAUUCAGUUUAUCACCUAAACCAUUUUUUUCGAACUUUGGGGCCAUUGUCACAUUUGCUAUUUUGGGGACUUUUAUAGCUUCAAUUGUUACAGGUGUUUUGGUUUACCUUGGCGGGCUGAUGUUUCUCAUGUACAGACUUCCAUUUGUUGAAUGCUUGAUGUUUGGUGCUCUUAUAUCUGCAACCGAUCCUGUAACUGUUCUGUCCAUAUUUCAGGUGAUAACCUUGAACAAAUGAAGAACCUACCUCCAGGUGAAAUUAUUUGAGGCUCACUCAUGCAGGAAUUCUUAGAGUUCGUAUCAUUCUAGGGUUGUAGAUGGUAUGCUAAAAUUGAAGAUUUAAAGUCCUAAUCGGAAUAAGAGCAUUAGCUUGUAGAUUUUGGGACCAAGGGAUAGGCAAGAGUUAUUCUCAAGGAACUGAUGUCACCAAGAUUGGAGGAGGGCCCUAGGUAUUGUUGUUGAGGGGCUCUAUUAGUGUUUAUGCUUUCACUCCCUCAAGGUAAAUAGUACAUUUCUUUUGUUGAGUUGAGUUUAGUUGGUCUUUGCCCACUCCAUUAUUGAUGCUAGUGAUGCUUGGCAAACUAUGUAGG